CGUCUUUGCUCCGUCAUGUUAAGUGUGAGCAGCGCAGGAACCACGAGUCGGCAGUCUCGCUUCCCGUCUGACUCAGCAGCUGGCGCUGGUAUAAAAGAGGCCGAGAGCCGGAGCCGUCAGAGGCAGCAGGAAGCAGAGGUGACGCCGGAUCAGGACCUUCCACAGUCUCAUUCCACCAAGAACAUGAAGAGUGCAAGAAGAGGAGAGGCUGGAGACGCUGGCAGCGAUUUGUCAGAGCAGAUCAAAGCAGCCACGAAGGAGAACCACAUCCGAGCAGAAAACACGCAGCUGAUGCUGAGCUACCAGAAGGGACACAUCACCACGACCCAGUACAAGGUGCUGCUGUGUUCCCUCUACGAGGUCUACAAGGCUCUGGAGGAGGAGCUGGACUCCAACGCUUCCCAUCCGGCCGUCGCUCCCAUUUACUUCCCUCAAGAACUGGCUCGUCUGGACUCUCUCCAGCGGGAUCUGGAGCAUUUCUUUGGCCCUGACUGGAGCGGGAAGGUGAUCGUCCCUGCUGCCACACACAGAUACACCCAGAGGCUGCGUGAGAUUGGGAAGGAGAACCCAGAGCUGCUGGUGGCCCACGCCUACACCCGGUACCUUGGUGACCUUUCAGGGGGUCAAGUGCUGGGAAAACUUACCCAGAAGUCCCUGGGGUUGAGAGACAGAGAGGGGAUCUCCUUCUUCUCCUUCCCUGGUGUGAGCAGCCCGAACCGCUUCAAGCAGCUGUACAGGAGCCGGAUGAACAGCAUCGAGCUGACGGAGAGGCAGCGGGCGGCGGUUCUGGAGGAGGCAGUGUCAGCGUUCGAGUACAACAUCCAGGUUUUUGAUGAUUUGCAGAAAAUGUUAAGUGUCACAACAGAGACACAGAGAGACGCCAGCGGGUUCCCAUCUUCUCCCAUCAUGCAGUUCACCGCAGGGGUGUGCGUCGCUCUGGUCACAGUUGGAACAGGAAUCUACUUCCUGUAGUUCUUAAAGCUAAAUGCACCUGUAGCACUUUAUUGAUCACUUAAAGUAACAAAGAGGAAAUUUGUCAAAGUAAAAAAAGCCAAAGAUCAUUUUAGGCUCAUGAUUUGUUGAACCGUGAUUAAACAUUUACCAAAAUUA